GUCAUCGUUCUUUUCACCCAUCGGUCUUCUCUCCCUCUUUCAUCAUCUUGGAGAGAAGAGAUCAAGAAACUGACGGAAAUCCCUUCUCUUCUCUCCAUCUACAGAGGGGAUUUUCGCGAUUCCUAUCCAGGUUUGGGAUCUCUUCCUGUUUUCGAUCCACCGUCUAUGUUAGCUUUUGUCAUCGAUCUGCUCAGUUUCGGUUCUUUUGUUGAAACUGCCAGAAGUAGAAUCGAUUUGAUUGGAUCGUUUUGAUAUCUUUCUUCAGCUUGUGUCGAUCAGUGGAAUUUUAGCAAUUUCAACUGUUGUCAUGGCAUCAGCAACUGCUGCGACAGGAUGGCUGAGAGGGAAGGUGAAAGCUGUUCCGUCGGGUGAUUGCUUGGUUAUAAUGGGGAGCACAAAGGCUGAGAUCCCGCCAGAGAAGACAAUCACAUUGUCUUCACUAAUUGCUCCUAGAUUAGCUCGUAGAGGCGGUGUUGAUGAACCUUUUGCCUGGGAUAGUAGAGAAUAUCUAAGGAAGUUGUGCAUCGGAAAGGAAGUGACUUUUAAAGUAGAUUACACUGUGCCAUCCAUAGCGCGUGAGUUUGGCUCUGUUUUUCUUGGUGAUAAAAAUGUGGCGAUGCUAGUUGUUUCUGAAGGCUGGGCAAAGGUUAGGGAGCAAGGUCAGCAGAAAGGAGAAGCAAGCCCCUUCUUAUCUGACUUGCAGCGUCUUGAAGAGCAGGCCAAGCUCCAAGGUUUAGGCCGUUGGAGCAAGGCACCUGGUGCAUCAGAGGCAUCCAUUAGGAACUUACCUCCUUCUGCUAUUGGAGAUGCCAGUAAUUUUGAUGCAAUGGGCCUCUUGGCUGCCAACAAGGGCAGACCUUUGGAAGGGAUUGCCGAACAGGUUCGUGAUGGAAGUACAGUUCGAGUCUACUUGCUCCCGGAGUUUCAGUUUGUUCAAGUUUUUGUUGCAGGCAUACAGUCUCCAUCAAUGGGGAGACGGGCUAUGGUAGAAACGAUUGUAGAGACAGAAGUAACAUCCGAAGACACAAAUGGGGAAGUUUCUCCUGAAACUCGAGCCCCACUAACAUCCGCACAAAGACUUGCAGCUUCCGCUACUACUGAAGUUUCGCCUGAUCCAUUUGGAAGGGAAGCUAAACACUUCACUGAGAUCCGUAUUCUAAAUAGAGAUGUCCGAAUUCUACUGGAGGGUGUAGACAAAUUCAGCAAUUUGAUAGGUUCUGUCUAUUAUGCGGAUGGUGAUUCACUAAAGGACUUGGCAUUGGAGCUCGUAGAGAAUGGUCUGGCUAAAUUCGUGGAAUGGAGUGCCAAUAUGAUGGAGGAUGAUGCCAAACGUAAGUUGAAGGCUGCUGAGCUCCAAGCAAAGAAGGAUCGUUUAAGGAUCUGGACAAACUAUGUUCCUCCAGCUACAAACUCAAAGGCGAUUCACGAUCAGGAUUUCACAGGAAAGGUGGUGGAGGUUGUGAGUGGGGAUUGUAUCAUAGUUGCCGAUGACUCCAUUCCUUAUGGAAGCCCAUCAGCUGAACGGCGCGUGAAUCUUUCGAGUAUCAGGUCACCCAAAAUGGGAAAUCCUCGUAGGGAUGAAAAACCAGCACCCUAUGCCCGUGAAGCUCGAGAAUUCUUGCGACAACGCCUUAUCGGCCGCCAGGUAAAUGUUUCAAUGGAAUAUUCUAGAAAGGUCGGCAUGGCUGAUGGGCUCAAUCCAGUGCCUACGGCUGGCUCUUCAGAUUCCAGAAUCAUGGAUUUUGGAUCAGUCUUCCUGGCAUCUCCAUCCAAGGUCGAUGGUGAUGACACAGCACCUACUCUAACUUCUGCAGUCAGCCAACCAGCAGGAAUAAAUGUUGCUGAGUUGGUUGUUGCGCGUGGCUUUGGCACGGUUAUCAGGCACCGAGAUUUUGAGGAAAGGUCAAAUUAUUAUGACGCGUUGCUUGCUGCUGAAUCUCGUGCAAUCAAUGGAAAGAAAGGGAUCCAUUCUGCAAAGGAUCCCCCAGUGAUGCACGUAACGGACCUGCUGACGGCAUCUGCAAAAAAAGCUAAAGAUUUCUUGCCCUUCUUGCAACGGAGUAGAAGGCUACCCGCUGUUGUGGAUUACGUCCUUAGUGGUCAUCGGUUUAAAUUGCUGAUCCCCAAGGAAACUUGCAGCAUUGCAUUCUCCUUCUCUGGUGUUAGAUGCCCCGGCCGCGAUGAGCCUUUCUCAGAUGAAGCAAUUGCCUUCAUGAGAAGAAAGAUCCUGCAGAGGGAUGUAGAGAUUGAAGUCGAAACAGUUGAUAGAACUGGAACCUUCUUGGGUUCUUUAUGGGAAUCAAAGACCAACAUGGCUGUGGUUCUUCUAGAGGCUGGGCUGGCAAGGCUUCAAACUGCUUUUGGUGCUGACAGGAUUCCUGAUGCUCACCUACUUGCAAAGGCUGAGCAGUCUGCAAAAAACCAGAGAUUGAAGAUUUGGGAAAAUCAUGUUGAAGGACAGGAAGCUACUAAUGGGUCAUCAGUGGCUGAGACCAAACAGAAGGAAGUGCUUAAGGUGGUGGUUACUGAGGUACUGGGCAGCGGCAAGUUCUAUGUCCAAACAGUUGGAGAUCAGAAAGUGGCUUCUAUUCAGCAGCAACUAGCUUCAUUGACCCUCCAAGAUCCUCCUGUCAUUGGCGCUUUUAAUCCUAAGAAGGGGGAUAUUGUCCUUGCUCAGUUCAGUGCAGAUAAUUCUUGGAACAGGGCCAUGAUUGUCAAUGCACCACGAGGAGCUGUUGAAUCACCAAAGGACAAGUUCGAAGUGUUCUACAUCGAUUACGGGAACCAGGAAACGGUUCCUUACACGCGCUUGCGGCCUCUUGAUCCCUCUGUCUCUUCUUCACCAGGCCUUGCCCAACUAUGCAGUCUUGCCUACAUUAAAGUCCCCAGUCUAGAGGAGGAUUUUGGUCAGGAAGCUGCAGAGUAUCUAAGCGAAUGUACCCUAAACAGCUCAAGAGAGCUCAGGGCCAUGGUUGAGGAGCGAGACACUUCGGGUGGAAAGGUGAAAGGCCAGGGAACUGGAACAGUUCUUAUAGUAACUCUGGUCGAUGUGGAAGCUGGUUCCAGUAUCAAUGCUGCCAUGCUGAAGGAAGGACUUGCAACACUGGAAAGAAAGAAGAGAUGGGACACCAGGGAAAGGCAGUCGGCUCUUGAUAACCUGGAAGAACACCAGGCGAAAGCAAAGCGUGAGCGCCUCAAAAUGUGGCAGUAUGGUGACAUCCAGUCUGAUGAGGAAGACUUGGCCCCACCCAUGAGGAAAGCCGGAGGACGCCGGUAGGGCAACACGAGUCCAGAAAAUGAUCGGGCACGUGGGGGUGAGUUUAAAUUUAUAGUUUGUUUUAACAUAUAUUUAGCAGAGAAACUGAGGCUGUCAAAAACAAUCCCGGGAGAGUUGUUUUUAAUUAUUUCUUCAUUUAUUUUUUUUUGUUUUGUUUUUUUCCCAUUUUACCCUUUUUCAACUUGAAGGAACAUUUGUUAGUCUCAUCUCUAAAUAAGGUAAAUCCCACCCGUCUCCUCUGUGGUUCCGGCCCAAAUGGCUGCAGAGGCUAAAAGCCCUUUUAAGUUUUGUAGCAUUAGCAUUGCCUUGAGUUUGAAGAUGUUCUUUCUUCUUGUA